UCCUUUUCCCAGUUUCAAAUUUAGUUCCCAUCUUCAAAAUUUCUCUGUUUUUGUUUUUUUUUUUUAUAUAUAUAUAUAUUCUUAUCUCCUCUCCAAUAGCACUAACAGACUGACUACGCCAUAGCCACGCGGGAUUUUUCUAGGGUUUUCCCUUUACCCUGUGCGCCAUGAGGAAGAAACUCGACACUCGUUUCCCAGCAGCUCGGAUUAAAAAGAUUAUGCAAUCUGAUGAGGAUAUAGGAAAGAUUGCCAUGGCUGUGCCUCUUCUUGUCUCUAAAGCUUUGGAGCUAUUUUUGCAAGAUCUAUGUGAUCAGACAUAUGCAAUAACUCUGCAAAGGGGAGCCAAGACCUUGAAUUCGUUGCAUUUGAAACAGUGUGUACACACAUUUAAUGUCUUUGAUUUUCUGAGGGAAAUUGUUGGCAAGGUUCCUGAUUUGGGGGAUUCUGAUGCUGUCGGGGAUGAUCAUGGUCUUGCCAAAAGAAGGAAAGUUGCUGAUGAUGAAGAAGAUAAUGACAGCAAUGAGGAGUUCAAUAGGAGCAGAAUGCAUGAUACUGCUCAGGCAAGUGGCAGUGGCAGUGGCAGUGGCAGAGGAAGGGGUAGAGGCAGAGGUCGAGGUCGGGGACGAGGCAGUAAAGCUGGAGAGAGAGAUGCAGCCACGAAGUUUGAGAAAUUUGAAGAUGUGGAUAAUAGUCAUCAGGAUGUCAAUUGCAGUCCAAUUAUAGAGAAGUUAUAUACUGUUGAUGAACUUGAAGCCUUGAAGGAGAAUAUCCUAGAUGGUAAAAGUGCACAAGCCCCAGUUCAUGACUUUGAUCUGAAUGUAGACUUGGAUGAGAAUGGGGAGUCUAAAACAUUGUUAGUGGCUGCUCCCCCAAGUUCCACAGUAAAACCUAAUCCUGAAAUGAAGUUUGAAUUACCUGGCUGGUCACUUGCAGACGUUGAAAAGAUGGAUAUCGAUCCCAUUCAGCAAGCCAACUCAAAUAGAAAAGAUGAGGAUGAGGGAGAUUACGAUGAAGAAGGCUGAAGCCACCAUGUCCCUGUGCUGUAACCAGUUGCUUGCUCCCUGUAAGUUUUUAGUCCAGUUAUAGAUCCAAAGGUAGGAUGCUGACUGUAUAGAAGUGGUAGGAUUGAAAGUUUGAAACAAUUAUUCUAGAUUAGACUGAACCCGGAGGUUUCUUGUUGGCUUUGCCGGAAGCCUUUAAUAUAUUUUUCUGUAACAUGAACUAGUAAUAAUUACAAACAUUAUUGGCUUUCUAAGGCGUCACGAGAUUAAUCAAUUUUGUUCUGCC